UCACGAAAAUCUAUGAAAAUCCGUAUAUUUGAAAAAUUCCGUUUAUAAGCGUCUGCAAUUCAGCGAAUUUCCAUCAGUGUUAGGUGAUUGCUACUCUACUUCAGAUCAAAUCCAAUAAAACUUAAACAAAAUGUCUCUAGAACGUGCCGUUCGUGCUAAGAUCGCUGGAAAGCGCAACCCAGAAAUGGACAAAGAGGCUCAAACAUGGAUUGAAGCUAUCUUGGGAGCCAAAUUCCCCCCAGGCGAGAGCUACGAGGAUGUCUUGAAGGACGGUCAAGUCUUGUGCACCUUGAUCAACAAGCUCUCACCCAACGCUGUCCCUAAGAUCAAUAGCAGCGGUGGUCAAUUCAAAAUGAUGGAAAACAUCAACAACUUCCAGAAGGCCAUCAAGGAAUGGGGUGUUCCAGAUAUCGAUGUCUUCCAGACCGUCGACUUGUGGGAAAAGAAGGACAUCGCCACUGUCACCAACACCAUUUUCGCUAUUGGUCGUGCUGCUUACAAGCACCCAGAAUUCAAGGGACCAUGGUUGGGACCCAAGCCAGCUGAUGAAUGCAAACGUGACUUCAGCGAAGAACAAUUGAAGGCCGGUCAAACCAUUGUCGGUCUCCAAGCUGGCUCAAACAAAGGUGCCACCCAAGCCGGACAGAACCUUGGUGCUGGCCGCAAAAUCUUGCUCGGCAAGUAAGCAAACCAAACCAGUGACCUUUUGAGGAUGACGAGAAGGAGUUUGUUUUUAUUUUAGAUAUUUUUAUUUUUGUUACUUAUUUUUUUGUAUAAUUUUUUAAUUAACUACUCUUAAGCAACAAUUCCUCGUCUUAUUAUUUUUUUAUAUUUAUAAAAUAAGAAAAAAUAUUAAGCGGUUACUCAUAAGAAAAUUUA